ACAAAAUCAAUGGAGUCAAUGCAAUGUACUAACAAGAACAGCUGCGCAAACUUGUGUGUGUGUCUGUGUUUUUACAUCUGAAGAUAUAUUUUUGAACUUCCACGACUCAAUAGUCAAGUAAAUAUGAUCCUCCUAUAUGAUUCAGUGUUAUAUGUAGUAGUAAUAAUACAAACACAGAGUAGGUUGUUAAAUAUGAGGAGGUAGCUGACUGCAGUGGAAUAAAAGGCAAUCUCUUGGUCAGGCUCAGCUGUUGACUGAUGAACUGUCUGUCCACACAAACUGUCUGUCCACACCGUCGGCUGUUUGGCGUACUCACACAGGACUGUCUACUGUUAUUUUUAGAAAUUGUGACGAUUUGCAAACUUCUGUCAUCCACAACCUCUCCUCCCACUUCCUUGUUGGAAUGAAAGAUGGCUGUGUCAUGGAAAGUCAAGUCAGUUCAAAAGCUUUGUUGUCACAUGCACAGAGAAAACAGUUUCAUUGUUCAAUUAAACUCUUACUUUGCUUUAAUUGACAGCACAAAAUAUUGAGUUAAAACUAAAAGAGAUAUGUGAGAUAAAAGAAAUAGAAAAGAAAAGGAAAACCUUGUAUAUAACCUAGAUUUCUAUUUUUGUGUAUAUUUUGUUUGAGAAACGUGCAAAUAUGGAUGUAGGGAUUCCAGUCUGUAAAAAUAACAAGAAAAUAAAACCUUACUGCAGGUUUGACAGACUGCUUUCAUGUCUAAUGUUCUAAUCUAUUUAAAAACAAACAUUAACCUAACCCCUUGAUGGUGUGAAAGAGUGGUAGUAAAAAACAGGGAGAAUAGCAGGGCAGGUUUGUUUUGUUGAUCAAGUUCUCAGGAAAGUGGAGGUGUGGCCAGCUUCAGGUGGAAUUCCCCUGAACUCACCUGAGUCCGCCCCCACUCCUUUACAGGAGUAUAAAGCAGUAUAAAGGUGGUUAAAUGCGGCUGCAGGUGCACUUUUACCUCAGAGACAGAGGAGAGCACUGACACUCAUAGAAUCAUACACCACAAGCUAAGACUACAAAUUGUCUCGGAACAUCAUUCCUUUGCAUCAUAUUGUGGCCAUAAACAGUGUCUCCAUGUCAUCGCCGUGCCUCAGCAGCGUCCUGACUCACGCAAACCUCACCAUGUACCAGAGUGGUGUUUCUGAUGUUCUGUCGCAGCAGCCCAGUGUGCUGCCCAGUGUCAACACCCUGCAGAUCAGUAACCCAGCAUACAGCUCCAUGAGUGGUGAGUGGUACAGACAGAUCAGCCCUCACUGCUGGACAGAAGAGAAUGUUCUGGACUGGAUCAGCGACCAUGUAGAGAGCACCAAGUUUGAUGCGAACACCCUGGUCUACUGUGCCAUGGACGGGCCCACCGUGUGCCAGAUGAACCAUGACCAGAUGAUUGGGGUCUUUGGCCCGCAGCUCGGCCCACACCUCCACCAGAGUCUACAGGAACACAAGACCAAAUAUGAGCUACAGAGCCUCUCAGUACCAGAGCUGAACGAGACCUGCCUGCUCCUGGACAAUUUCCUGGACAACCUAAACUUCCCUUUGCUCAGCACCAUUAGAAUUGGGCAAGCUGAAGGAGCUGUCAGCAAAAGGGAGUUUGACUAUGGGGAUGAUUAUGAUCUGACCAGCCUGACCAUGGACCCCAUGGCACCUCUGGGAGACACUGAGUACCUGUCUGAUAAUCAGUCUGACAGCGAGUACAGCUCCUCCUCCAACAGUGGCAUGUUUGGCUUCUCAAGCCAAGGCUCACCGGAGUCUGGCAGUGGUGAAUCAGACCCAGAGUUCUCCUACCCUCUGAUUUCAAAGGCACACAUCAAAACAGAGAAAGGAGAGUCUCGACUGAAGCGACCCCGGGGGCGACCUCCUAAAGUCAGCAGAGAACACUGCAGCAGCAUAUAUGACAAUCCAAAGAAAAACAAGCAUGCACCUCGUGGCACUCACUUAUGGGAGUUCAUCAGGGACAUUCUGAUCCACCCAGAGAGGAACCAGGGUCUGAUGAAGUGGGAGGACCGCCACGAGGGUGUCUUUAAGUUCCUUAAGUCUGAGGCUGUGGCUCAGAUGUGGGGCCAGAAGAAAAAGAACAGCAGCAUGACAUAUGAAAAACUCAGCCGUGCCAUGAGGUAUUACUAUAAGAGAGAGAUCCUGGAACGAGUUGAUGGCCGAAGGCUCGUAUACAAAUUUGGAAAGAACUCCAGCGGCUGGAAAAUUGAGGAGAUUGGCAUUGGCAUGUGAGGAUUCAGUCACCAUGCGGGUAGAAACCAAAAAGCCAAUCAGAGCAAUAGUUCAAGAACCGGAAAUACCCAUGUUGCCUGUCUGAGAAAAAAAAAAACUUGCUGCCCCAAAUGUUAAGACACUAACUUCCUCUUUGAAGGAAGGUGUUGCAGAAAAUGUAAGCCAGUGUUUUUGGCUCUAGUAGGUUUUAUGAACCAAUAUUAAUGUUGUACCUGUGUUUUUUUGUUUUUUGGGGUUUUUUAAAAAUCUUUUUUUGUCACUACAGAAACUUAACUGUGUGUGCAAUAACUAAAUUGGACAUUGCUUUGGAUGCUUGUGAGCACCUAAGCUUGUGAGCAAUCUUUUUACAGUUUUACAGAACUCACUCUGGUUUUGUGUCCCUCUACUGAUGCAGGACUAACUCAUCCUCAUCUGUCACUGUGGAGUUUGUUUUGGUAAAUGGGCAUUAAUGAUUGUAUUAUGACACUGGAAAUAUUACUCUUAGUGAUCUUGUACUUAUAUUACUAUUUUGUUAUUCUAAAUAAGGGUGAAACAUUGAGUUUUUUGUAUAAAAUCAUUUGUGGAUCUGACUGUAGGACCAUGUUUGGAAAAGUCUUCUAUUAGUAAACUAAAUGUGACGGACAAAGACAGAACAGAGAGAAAUAAAUGUAAGUGAUGCUACUUCACAUUAAUAUAGUGAUGAUGUGCACUACAUGUCUAUCGGUAUCACUUAUUAUAAAGUGUUUUUUACACAAUGUUUGAGUCUAAUGUAGUUAAGAA